AUGUCUACUACCAGGAUUUCAGAACCCGGUGAUCAGCGGGCGUUUACGUAUUUUGUCGGAGUUGGUCUGAGCCACUCGCUGUCACCCCCGCUACAUGACUUUGUCGCCAACUCGCUAGGACUCGGAUGGAAGUUCGUGGCCCACGAGUGCGACAGUGUGGAAGAGGGCAUCCGACUGUUCCGGCAGCCCAGUUUUGCCGGCGGCGUGGUCACCAUGCCGUACAAGACUGCGAUAAUGAAGCACCUGGACGGGCUGGACGAGCAAUGCAUCAAGAUUGGGGCGUGCAACAACGUCUAUCGGGCAGCAGAUGGCUCGCUGCGAGGGGCCAACACCGACUGGUGCGGGGUCGAAGGCUGCCUUGCCACGGCGUCUGAUGUAGGCAAAGGUAGGCCAGCCCUGAUUGUUGGCGCCGGGGGCGCUGCACGUGCUGCUAUCUAUGCGUUGCAUGAGCGGUUGGCCUGUAACUUGAUCUACGUAGUCAAUCGCGAUAAGGACGAGGUGGCCGCGUUGUUGAAGGACACUGCGUCUUACGGGCCGGGUCUGUCAGUCAAGCACCUGGACUGUCUCGAGGCCGCAAAGAAUAUUGGACAAGAGUCUGAUCCGUUCUAUAUUGUCGGGGGUGUCCCGGAUUACGAACCCCAAAGUGCUGCGGAACUGGAGGGGCGUGAAAUUCUCGUUCAUUUCCUCAAGAACGCGCGCCAACCAGGAGUACUGCUAGAUAUUUGCUACAAACCCCGCAGGACACGCACCAUCAAGCUCGGUGAGCAAUAUGGCUGGCAUGUCGUUGACGGAACCAUGGUGAUUGGCCGCCAGGUCUAUGAGCAAUACCGGCUCUGGUGUGGCGAGGCGACGGCCAACAUGAUCCCAUUGCAGGAAGCCUGGACUCCGUCAUUUCCUAUUGAUAUUUGGCUGCGCAACUGUCGCUAUCUUUUGAUUGAUGCUCGUUGCUCGUUUCUCGUUGUCGCUGCUUUGACGAAAAAAACACACAUCGAAUACGGGUCUUAUGACAACUAUCUUGCCAAAAUGUCGUGCGCUCCAGCAAUUUCGACCAUGUCCCUCGGCCGUGCCUGGGUGCACCAGAUGCCGGAGAAGCUGAGACAGGCUGGCCUGGCAGGCUUCCAGGGAGUCGAAAUGUUCUACGAAGACUUGGAAUACAUGGCCAAAGAGGCAUACGGAGACUGCAGCAGGCCGGAACACAUCCUCGCCGCGGCUCGACAAGCGCGCAGCUUGUGUGAUGAUAACGGCUUGGUUGUUAUGGCCCUGCAGCCGUUCUGGUUUUAUGAGGGCCUGAUAGACCGGCAUGAGCACGAGCUUAGAAUCGAGAAGCUCAAGCUGUGGUUUCAAAUUGCUAAAAUCUUAAAUACCGAUCUGAUCCAAAUACCGUCGAAUUUCUUGCCAGAGAAGCACAUCUCCGGCGACCUUGACUUGAUCGUGAGCGAUUUGAUCGAAGUCGCCGACCUGGGGCUACAGCAGAGCCCGCCUAUUCGAUUUGCAUACGAGAGUCUGGCGUGGUCCACAUAUAUCAACACAUGGGAGCAAUCCUGGGACAUCGUCCAGCGAGUCAACAGGUCCAACUUUGGUUGUUGCCUUGAUACCUUCAAUAUCGCUGGCCGGGUAUGGGCGGAUCCAGCAAGCCCGACGGGCAAAACGCCCAAUGCCGAUGCUGAUAUAGAAGCAUCGCUGGACCGGCUUCGACGGACAGUCGAUGUCAGGAAGAUAUUCUUUCUACAAGUGGUCGACGCUGAGGAAAUGGAGACGCCGCUGAUCGAGGGCCACCCGUGGCACGACGCUGCACAACCAUCGCGGAUGUCGUGGAGUCGCAAUGCACGACUCUUCGCGUACGAAACCGACCGCGGUGGUUAUCUCCCUAUUCUCAAAGUGGCCCGAGUGAUCUUUGAAGAUCUCAAACCCUAG